CAGCAAACCGGAAGUCCGUUUUUUUUUCCGGAGACGUUCAACAACGUGGGAAUUUGGUUUCGUUGCUCUUGUUGAACUGAGUAACUCGACGUUUUUACAUUUGUUCUUUUUUGUGUUGGCGGCGUGCUGAAAGUAUGGCGUACAGAGGGCAAGGACAGAAGGUCCAGAAGGUUAUGGUGCAACCUAUUAACCUAAUCUUCAGAUAUCUACAAAAUCGUUCGAGGAUCCAAGUGUGGCUGUAUGAACAGGUCAACAUCCGAAUAGAGGGCUGUAUUAUUGGAUUUGAUGAGUACAUGAACUUGGUUCUUGAUGAUUCAGAGGAGGUCCACAUGAAAACAAGGGCCAGGAAGCCACUAGGGAGGAUCAUGCUGAAGGGAGACAACAUCACCUUGCUGCAGAGUGUGUCCACCUGAGACCACUAACCUCACAUCUAAAACAUUCACACAUCAUGGAUAGAAUUAUUUUCUUUCUCUGUUUUAGUCGCUUUGUUUUGUACAACACAAUUACUAAAACGGUCACUUUCUGAAACAUGUUUUUGCUUUGAACAUUAAAAAAGUUUUUCUUUGUUA